AUGACUGAAAUCUGGGAGAAUUUGCGAAAAAAGGCGAGAUCUGCCGAGAAUUCGAUUGAUGUGAAAUUGGUGUCGUUGAACAAAUUAUCGGCGAAUUCACAUGGUGGGUUUUGCUGAAAACUACGACACUCCGCGUUUACGCGGUGAAAAAUGAUGGAUUUUGAGCUGAAAAUCAUCGAAAAUGACCCCGGAAUCGUGGAGCAUCGUUUAAAGCUCAAAAUCCACCAUUUUUCGCGGUGUAAACGCGGAGUUUCGUUGUUUUUAACGAUACUCCACGUUUACACCGUCAAUUUUCAAUAUUUUUGCAGGCGGCUUCGAUAUCGAUGAGAAAAUCGUGACGUCACGACAGAAUUUGUUCCAAAAUCUGACUGAUGAGAUCAGUGGGCUGAUCGAGCAAUUGAACACGAUCAAUGAUGAGGUUUGACCUUUUUGGGCUAAAAUUUGGGAAAAAACUACGAUACUCCGCGUUUACGCGGUGAAAAAUGAUGGAUUUUGAGCUGGAAAUCAUCGAAAAUGACCCCGUAAUCGUGGAGCAUCGUUUGAAAAUCAUUUUUGAACGUGUAAACGCGGAAUUUUGUAAUUUCAAACGAUACUCCGCGAUUCCGCGGUCAUUUUCAACGAUUUUUGGCUCAAAAAUUCCCGAUUUUUCGCAUUUCAGAUGUCCGAAGUGACGGGAUCACAAACAUCAGCCGCCUGGGCCAACAAUCCAGCAAUUCAGCACACUUUGCGAAGACAUCGUGAAAUUCUGCGCGAUUAUGGCACCGAAUUCCGAAGAGCCCGCGAUAAUGUUCAACAAAUUCUACAAAGAGAGGCUCUUUUGAGCAGUUCGACUUCGGAGAGUCGAAAUGGACGUGUGAAUAAUCGAGCCAAGGGAAUUGAUAUGUAUUUGAAGGUAGGAACUACGACACUCCGCGUUUACACCUCGAAAAAUGAUGGAAAAUGAUGGUUUUUUGUGGUUUAAACGACACUCCACGUUUACACCAUCAUUUUUCACGGUGUAAACGCGGAAUUUUGUAGUUUCUAAACGACACUCCGCGUUUACACCUCGAAAAAUGAUGGAAAAUGAGGGUUUUUGAGGUUUAAACGAUACUCCGCCUUUACACCUCGAAAAAUGAUGGAAAAUGAGGGUUUUUGAGGUUUAAACGAUACUCCGCCUUUACACCAUCAUUUUUCACGGUGUAAACGCGGAAUUUUGUAGUUUCUAAACGACACUCCGCGUUUACACCUCGAAAAAUGAUGGAAAAUGAGGGUUUUUGAGGUUUAAACGAUACUCCGCCUUUACACCUCGAAAAAUGAUGGAAAAUGAGGGUUUUUGAGGUUUAAACGAUACUCCGCCUUUACACCAUCAUUUUUCACGGUGUAAACGCGGAAUAUUGUAGUUUCUAAACGACACUCCGCCUUUACACCUCGAAAAAUGAGGGUUUUUGAGGUUUAAACGAUACUCCGCCUUUACACCCUCCUUUUUCACGGUGUAAACGCGGAAUUUUGUAGUUUCUAAACGACACUCCGCCUUUACACCUCGAAAAAUGAUGGAAAAUGAGGGUUUUUUGCGGUUUAAACGACACUCCGCCUUUACACCACGAAAAAUGAUGGAAAAUGAGGGGUUUUUUGUGGUUUAAACGAUACUCCGCCUUUACACCAUCAUUUUUCACGGUGUAAACGCGGAAUGUUGUAGUUUUUAAACGACACUACGCCUUUACACCCUCGUUUUUCAUGAAAAAUUCAAAUUUUUGCAGGAAAACGAGCACAUCUCAUCAUGCGAACGACUUUUGGACGAACAAUUGGAGAUGGCAAUGUCGACGAAGGAGAAUGUGGCAAGACAGGGAAUCAAUCUACGUGGCAUCUCGAAUCGUCUACAUCAAGUAACAAGUGAGAGAAAAUGAUGAAUUUUGAUGUAAAAAUCGUCGAAAAUGACCGCGGAAUCGUGGAGCAUCGUUUGAAACUACAAUACUCCGCGUUUACACCGCAAAAAAUGGUGGAUUUUGAGCCUCAAACGAUGCUCCACGUUUACGCGGUCAUUUUCCAUCAUUUUUUGAACUGUAAACGCGGAGCAUCGUUGUUUUUACGACACUCCACGUUCACGCGGUCAUUUUCGAUGAUUUUUACAUCAAAAUUCAUCAUUUUUCGAGGUGUAAACGCGGAGCAACGUAGUUUUCUCGCUAUUUUUCCAGAAAAAUACCCGGCAAUCAACAAUUUGAUGCAAAAAAUCAAGACAAAAAAGCAGAAAAAUACCGUAAUCCUCGCCGCCGUCAUCAGUUUUUGCCUGAUUUUCACCAUUUUCUGGAUUAUCAAUUGA